UGGGUUGGUCUUUGGUUUUGCUGAAGCUCACAAAUCAGUCUAGGUGAACACCGAGAGCACAAGAGGAGGAUCAAGGAAGCUGACACUCCAGCUAUGAAGAGCAAGCAAAUGCUGAGGCCUUUUGCAGCAAUUCUCCUUUUCACUGUUCUUGUAACAGCCAAUGCUGAAAGCCAUCUUCUAGUUAAAUCAAAAUGUAAGUGCAUGACUGUGACAUCCAAAACAAUUGUUACUGAAUUGCCUACUGGUGAACAUGUGGAGCAGCAUGUGAGAGACAUAAGAAUUAUCGUUCCUAUGAGGAGCAGAGAGAAUAUGUCAGAUCCAUCCUCCCCUAUUCGGACCAAGUUCGUCUACAAGAUUUCUGAUUUCUGCAAGAACUGCAACCAAGAACAAAUCCUCCCUGGAGAGCCCGAGUGCAAGCCCCCACCCCCUCCUGCAGAUACCUGUUACAGCCGUAGCAACACGUGCCUGCACCAAACAAUCAACAUGGGAGAUGGCAAACAAAUGGACGCUGUUCAGAAUCCUGAAUGUCUCGACGGUAAACCAAACCACUGGAUCCCAAAGCCUACAUUGCCUCCUAUUGAAACGACACGAGACUAUUCUUCCAUGUCAGAUGCUCCAUAGGCUGUUCUUCAAAGAACUGCAUUUAAUUCUUCAGAGAAUGUCAUUAAUACAUUUUCUGCUUUGACAUUGUCACUUUUGCUUUUUGUCAUCCUUAAACAGAUCAUAAAAUGCUUCAUAGCUUCAAAACA